AUGUCUGCGUCCAUGAAGAGCCAGCUGGUCGGUGUGAUAGGCCCUGCUGGGUUUGGGGGUUCAUACCUCUCCGUCGAGCUCAUCCGACGGGGACACAAGGUCGUUGGAAUCUCACGCAAUCCUCAAUCCUUUGGCACACACCAAAGCUAUACGCCCAGGUCGGUGGACAUUGAGGCAGCGAGCAUUGAUGACCUAGCGACCUCAUUUCGCGAUCUUGAGGUCUUGGUUAGCGAAUAUGGACCUCACACGCAAGGAGCGGACGCACUUAAAUACAUGCCAUAUGUGGAGGUCGUCAGAAAACUCAUUCUCGCUGUCAAACUGGCGAAAGUAGAGUACUUCGUGUUUGUGGGGGGAGCUGGCAGCCUUGUGGUUCCUGGAACCCACGAGUCUCUAGCUGAUUACCCGAGUUUCUUCUCUGCCUACCGCCGACAGAUGGCAAUGAGUGAGGCCCACGUGCAGUAUAUGGAGGAGCGUCUUGGCCCCAUCGGGGCUCCUCUACGAUCGUACCGAAAUGCUCGGCUCGCACAGAACUCCGGCACAAGUACGGCUGAAGACAUUAAGACUAUACAGAUGUACGAAGACAGUAUCCGGAAGAAUGAUCGAGCGUCGGAAUAUAUCAAGGCUGGGAGAGCGACUCUGUUGUUUUUUGAGGGCAAUACUUCUUUUCCAUGGACGUUUGUCUCGCCCAGUCCUCUGUACCGGCCGGGUCGACGGACAGGAAGCUACCAGGUUACUGUUGACUACGUCCCGUUAAAGGGAGAACAACAGGGGGAGGAUGCUUUGGAUGGGAGGCUGACAGGCAUAUCAGCCGUGGACCUCGCAGUUGCGAUUGUGAACGAGAUUGAGAAGCCUCGGCUUAUGCACAAGCACUGGACUGCCUCGGCUGACUUGUCUGAUGAUACAUCGUAUCCUAGCUACGUAACUGCGAAGGAUAUCUAG